UGACCGGAGGUGCUCUCCUCUGAACGUCGGUCUCAUUUUCACGAUGAGUUUUAAUGUCAGCACACAGGGCGAACAGCUUUGGGGAAGACCGUGCCAGUCAUGCGCUGGCACCAUUUUUUGAACCCCCAAAAACCGCAUUUUAGGGGCGACCACGGACAAAUCCCAUUUACAGGCAUCACCUCGCCAGGCGAUGGAGGUCCUCCGUUAAGGGCUUGGUGGGGGAACCAAACUGUCGGAAUUUCGCCAAAAUUACGACGGGAAUUAAGUACAGCUCCCUGUCUCCCGGCAACGGGAGAGACCACCUGCCGGUCGUGAUGUCUCGUGCGAAGGAGCGGCUGAAAGGCGGGAAUGAGACCAAGGACAGCGUCACUCUGCUGCCGUGCUUUUACUUUGUAGAGCUCCCUAUCCUGGCCUCCUCUGUUGUCAGCCUUUAUUUCCUGGAGCUAACGGAUAUUUUCCAGCCGGUGCAUUCUGGGUACAGUUGUAAUGACCGCAGUCUGUCUCUGCCCUACAUCCUGCCCAGACAGGAAGUCUGCCCACUGCCUCUGCUCUUCAGCUUGGCCUUCGCCGGUCCCACUGCCACGAUUCUUAUAGGAGAAGCCAUUCUGUACUGCUAUCUCUCCAGGAGGUCAUCAGCCACGCAGACUGAGGCCAACAUCAACGCUGCAGGCUGUAAUUUCAACUCCUACAUUCGCAGGGCCGUCCGCUUCAUAGGUGUGCAUAUCUUUGGCCUGUGUGUGACAGCACUGAUAACUGAUAUUCUCCAGCUGUCCACUGGUCAACACACACCCUACUGGUUGGAUGUAUGUAAACCCAACUUGACCCACAUUAACAUGUCCACUUGUGAUGAAGCUUUUAUUCUGGAGGAUAUCUGCUCCGGACAAGACACUGGGCUCAUCAAUGCUGGGAGGAAGUCGUUUCCCUCCCAGCAUGCAACUCUGGCUGCCUUUGCUGCUGUCUACAUCUCAAUGUACUUCAACACGGUGCUGACAGACUCUGCCAAGCUGCUGAAGCCUCUCCUGGUGUUCUCCUUCGUCAUGCUGGCCAUCCUGGCUGGGCUGACCCGGAUCAUCCAGUUCAGAAACCAUCCUGUUGAUGUCUACUGUGGAUGGUUACUUGGAGCUGCCAUUGCCUUUUAUCUGGGUGUGUAUGCAGUGGGGAACUUCCAGCCCAGUGAGGAUCGGUCCAGAAUUCGAGCACCCACCCCCAUCCUGAGAGAGCCCCCCCUCUCCUCCUUACCCAAUGUCAGCCAAUCAGCAAUUAGCAACAGCCACCAAGGUCACCACACGCUGGCUCCCAGCCAACCAGAGCCCAUCAUCACCAGGACCUCUUCCCACACUUUGUCCCCCAACCGACCACAGCCCAUGCUGACGCGAAGUGCUUCCUACCGAGAGCCAUCUAUGUCCAAUUUGAAAAGAGCCAGUGCUGAGGUGGAGGUGAUAACCCCAUCCAGUCCCCUGGGCAACCAUGACAACAUGAUGACCUUCAGCAGCAGCACACUGCCAAGGUCCCACGGAGGCUCCUCAUUGGAGGAGGGUCGCAUUCCACGCCGUCACGCCUCCAUCCAUGCAUCAAUGGACUCAACCCGAUCCAAACAGCUGCUCAGCCAGUGGAAGAAUAAAAACGACAAUAGGAAGCUGUCCCUGCAGGUGAUGGAUGGAAUAAGACCAGCCUCCUCCUCAUCUCCUCAGAGGAACAUGGAGCUGCGCUGCUCCUCUGAACCUUCUGCCAUGGGCCUGGAGGCAGAGCUCCGAGGUGGAAUACACCUGCCUUCACUUAUCGCUUGUCAGGAAACGGAGCUGCGUGCUGGGGCUCACAUUCCAGUUCAAUACAUGAAACUAGCAGCAAGCUCUGUUCCUAUGGCCAAUCAUAAUCACCAGACCCAUAAUGGCAGCAGCGGAAUGGCUGGUGGGGCCAGAGUGUCUAUCCAAUCCCGGCCUGGAUCCUCCCAGCUGGUUCACAUUCCUGAGGAGGAAAACCUCACCAGCAGGGAUCAGGAGAGUGAAUCGGAGGAUAGCAUUAUGGAUGGAGGUGGGUCAGUGAGGGAAAAGUGGCUGAGAGUGACUGAGAAGACCACCAUCCCCUGCAGGCCGCUCAGUGCUGGAGGACAGCCUCGUCUUAUGCAGGUGAUAGCCUUAUCCAAACAGCAGGGUCUGCUACACUCUCCUCGGUCGGAGGAUGGUGGAUCCAUUCGGUACCGAGCCUUGACAGACCAGGACCCAUCACCACCGGCCUCUACCACAGGAGCAGUGGGAGGAGGAGGAGGUCUGGAAAGAAGUGGCAGCAUAGUCCGUGUUGAAGCCCACCCAGAGUCCAGAUCAAACAAACCAGUGGUGAAACCUCCAAGCACCGACGGAAGUGGCUCCUGGCGAUGGAAACCACCAGAACAACGAGCCUCGCUCCGGCAGUCAGCUUUCACCCUCAACGACCUGAACAGACACACUGACAGCUGUGAUUCGCUGAGGGAUGGAGGGUCAGUGGAUGGGCGGAGGAGCGUGGCAGGAACUGAAAGUGAGAGUGAAGCGGGAGGAGACGGAGGGGGAGGAGGAGACGGAGGGGGAGGAGGAGGGGUAUACACAAACCAUCCACAUGUUGUACACCCCUUACAUCCUUUACAUCCCAAUAACCCCAACAACUUCCAGCACCCCAAUUUUAACCCCAACAAUCCCAACUAUAAUAACAUUCACUUUAACUUCAACCCCAACUCUGCCAACUUUAACCCCAACUCUGCCAACUUCAACCCCAACUCUGCCAACUUCAACCCCAACUCUGCCAACUUCAACCCCAACUCUGCCAACUUUAACCCCAACUCUGCCAACUUCAACCCCAACUCUACCAACUUCAACCCCAACUCUACUAACCCCAACAUGCCAUUCACCCCCACUGUCACCUUUGCUCCUCCCUUCCACCCCCACCCGCAGGCCAUCACCACCAUCAGAGUCACCCCGGUGGAGGGGACGGCUGCCAGCAGCGACGGUGGCUCAGACUGCCAGUCGGUUACCUCGUCCAGCCGUGAGUCCACCCUGAGGAGGAAGAGUGGCUCCCACAUUGGCCAUGUCCCAGAUCGAGGGCCCACCCCCGAUCUCCACAAUAACCACCGCCUCUGUGAUGACGGUAACCGCCUCGACAACGAAAGCAGCAACCGUUUCCAUGAAAACCUUCGAAGUUUUCAAGAAAACCCCAUCCACCCUAACCAUCCAAGCAGGCAGAUGCAGGGGAUGUUUGUUCGUCCUAGCCCAACGCCUCCCCCUACCUUACCCCGCCCCAUCCUGACUCACACUCCGCCUCCUACUCUGGGGUUGGCCUAUAAAGAAUGACAUGCUCAGUGUAAAAUAAAUCCAUCUAUACCUGUGAUUAAAUGUCCUACUUCACCAGGACAAAAUGUCAAUGGAGAUGCUGCAUGGGCCAUUCCAAACUUCAGUUCAGACCAAAUAUUAAAGGAAAUUUGGUUAAAUCUGUCCACAAAAAAGUAGCUAGUCCUACCCACAACCAUUUACCUGGCCAAUUAGGGCACAAUAUAUAGCCAAUU